AUGCCCUCUCCCGCUUAUCUCAUCUCCAAGGCUGGCGACCCAAUAUUUGCCCUUUUCAUUGGCAUUUCCGCCGCUGCAACGCGCAUUAACCGCGAAGAGAAAGAGAUGGGACGCAGCACGCAGCAAACCCUUGAUGCUGCCCGAAGGAGAUUGGGUUUUCCUGCAGACGGCGAGGAGCGGGUAGCCCGCAAGAACUGA